UAACAAUCGGAGAAAUCAAACAAGAGACAAUAUUUGUUGGAAGAGAAUUGUGAGUGAAAGUUAGAACUCAGAAACCAAACAAACAUGUCUAUCAGUUCGUGCGUUAAGCCAAUUUCUUUGCAGCUACAAUUCCACCCAACAACAUCAUGCUUCCACUCCCACGUUUCUGGAACAACAACAACAACAACCUCGUCACUGUCUCUACCACCUCGUUCAUCUCCUCUUCUCACUCAAACCACCGUUUUCCAUUCCCAACCCAAACCACACCUCAAACGUUCUUCCACCACAAUUCGCUGCUCUGCUUUGACUCCUGAAUUGAAGAGCACGUUGGAUAAAGUUGUUACUUCAAGCAAAAUAGUUUUGUUUAUGAAGGGUACUAAGGAUUUUCCACAGUGUGGAUUUUCUAAUACAGUGGUGCAAAUUUUGAAGUCUAUGAAUGCUUCUUUUGAAACUGUCAACAUAUUGGAUAAUGAUAUGGUGCGCCAGGGACUUAAGGAGUAUAGCAGUUGGCCUACCUUUCCUCAGCUCUAUAUUGAUGGAGAGUUUUUUGGUGGAUGUGAUAUCACUGUUGAGGCAUAUAAGAAUGGAGAAUUACAGGAACUGGUGGAGAAGGCAAUGUGCUCAUGAGGCACAUUGAAGCAAUGAGUUAUACAGUGGCUUGGGGAUAAUGGACCAAAUAUAUUUGUAUGAUAUAUUUUGUACUCACAAAUGUCUAUUAUGAUGAGUACUACAAAUUGCAAUUAUGUUGACAUUUGAGUACAAAGUAGAAUAUCUCAUUGAAUGGCCAAUUAUAGUGCUAGUUGCAGCUGCAAACUUUGUUCAAUUAAUCAACUUUCUUGCUUUUGUAAUACUGUCAUGUGCUGAAUAAAUAUUACCGGAUCAUAGAUUCAACUCGUUAAAUCAG